AUGAAUAUAGUGGAAUCCGGUCAAUACACCUUCGUCUACAAUCGCACCUUCGCUGAGAGUAGUCCCGAGUCCGAUGGCGCCUGGGACACUCUAUUCCCACAACAGGCCGGCUACUUUACGCAUCCCACCAUCGCACCCCACCGCUCGACUUUCUCCGUCUUCCAUCUCCUGCACUGCUUGAAUGGCAUCCGCCAGGGGUACUGGGCUGUCCACGAUAUUGCAGUUGCGGGUGACACCCCGCUCAAAGAUGGCGAUUUACCAAUGAUGAUCUCACCACCGCAUAUACGACACUGUAUUGAUCUGCUGAGGCAGAGCCUCAUGUGUAAUGCGGACUUGACAGUAGAAGUCAAGGAUGACGAAGCUGGUGGCGUCCAUGGCUUUGGCACAGAGCACCAAUGCGUUGACUGGGAUUCACUGUUGUCCUGGACUACAGAAUGGGAAACUAGAAAGCCGCAGUCUUGA